AUGAAGGUAACCAUCGCAGUCAUCGCGGCCAGUUGCCUUGGAGCUUCAGCUUCGGCUCUCCCCAAAGAUCACCCCCCGGUCAACUGGCGACCUGCUGGACCCAGCGACACACGCGGGCCAUGUCCGAUGUUGAACACCCUGGCCAACCAGGGCUUCAUUCCUCACCACGGCCGAGAUCUCACAGAGGAUGAGGUCGUCAACGGACUCAAAGACUCCAUCAAUCUCGCCAGAGACUUCUCCAAGACCUUCUACCAGGCCGGCCUGAAGACCAAUCUUUCACCCAAUGCGACCACAUUCUCGCUCGAUGACCUAAGUCAUCAUAACAUUCUCGAGCACGAUGCCAGUCUGAGCCGCCGAGACUACUACAGCGGAAACGACCACAGCUUCGACCAGGCCACCUUUGACCAGACCCGCUCAUACUGGCAAGGCGACGAGAUUGACGUUUAUCAUGCGGCGCUCGCUCGCCAGGCUCGUGUAGAUACCUCCAACCGAACAAAUCCCGACUUCACCUUCUCCGAAGCUGCCAAGGGAACGACGUUCAUCGAGAAUUCAGCGUACAUGCUCGCCUUUGGCGACAAGACGGCUGGAACCGUCCCCAAGGCCUGGGUAGAAUAUUUCUUCCAGAACGAGGCUCUGCCAACUGAGCUUGGCUGGCGAAGACACGACGAGGAGAUCACGUCGGCGGAUUUGAACGAUAUGUCUCAGAGAUUGGCUGUUGCUACGAAACAAAUCCAGGACAGCAAAUAA